AUGGCUGCUGAAUUUGGAUGGUCUUUCACUACUCAAGGGUUGGUACUUUCAUCGUUCCUUGUAGGGUAUUUAUUAACACAAGUUAUAGGAGGAAUACUUGCAGACAAGUUUGGUGGGAAGAUGGUGCUUGGAAUUUCUGCCGCAUGUUGGAACUUAUUUACACUUCUUACACCAAUUUCUGCCAAAUUUGGAUUGAACUAUCUUAUUUUAUGUAGAAUUUGUUUAGGGGUUGGAGAAGGAGCUGCAUUUCCAUGUAUUCACUCAAUGAUUGCAUCAUGGAUUCCAAAACAAGAAAAUUCCCGUGCUGCCACAAUUAUUACAGUUUCAGCCUAUUCGGCCUCGUUUUUUGCUUUACCACUUUCAACAUGGUUAGGUUCAGGUCCUUUUGGAUGGCCAAGUAUAUUUUGGGUAUUUGGAUUCAUGGGAAUUAUUUGGUCUAUAUUGUGGCAUUUUUAUGGUGGCAGUAAUCCUAGUGAUUAUCCGGGAAUUAGUCAAGAAGAGUUAAAAUUAAUUUUAGAUAAUAGCAAUAAGGAAACCGACAAUGUUAAUAUAGUUUAUACUCUUAAUGAAGAACAAGAAACAGGAUCUCAUAGAAAUUUAUUAAAAGAUUUAUCUGCUCCAGAAAAGUUCAAGAUUAAACGGAUUCCAUGGAAAAUUAUAUUUUCUAGAAGAGAAGUAUGGGCUAUUAUUUUGGCUACAUUUUUUAAUUCAUUUGGUUUUUUUAUUAUGGUUACCUGGUUACCUACAUAUUAUCUGGAUCGUUUUGGAAUAGAUAUCAAUAAAUUGGGAUAUUUUGCUGUUCUUCCUGAUAUAAUUCAAGCAAUAAUGGGAUUGAUUGCUGGCAUUGUGGGAGAUUUUAUGAUUCACAGAAUGAAUUUUCGCAUAAGAACCGUAAGAAGGAUAGCACAAUCAAUUGGUGGUUUUGCUACUAAUCCAAUAGAAGGAUUAAUAGUAAUUGGUGUCGGAUUAGGAUUAAGAACCUUUGUACUGAUUGGCUCAUCAAUUUCACAGUUCGAUAUUCUUCCUAAAUAUGCGGGAUUUAUAUAUGCAAUAGGUAAUACUGCGGGUAUUUUGGCAGGUAUAAUAGGUGUAUUUAUAAAUGGGUGGCUUCUAGAUGUUACAGGGAAUCAAUGGGCAUAUGGUUAUAAUAUAAUUAUGCGAUGUCCUACCCCAAUACCAGAGAUUCAAGAAAAAGAGCCUCUACCAAAAAUUUCGGAAGGUUCGAUUUCUCUAAAUGGAGUAUCUUCAUUGGUUGAAAUUGAAAGAUCAUUUAAUCAACUUCGAAUACCAGAACUUGAACUUCCAACUACGCCAGAAGCUACAAUUAAAGUGGCACUUUCAGAAUUAUAUCAACUUCAAGAAGAUCUACAGAUCCAUUUGCAAGGUGGACCUUUAGCUGAUCCAUCAACUUUGGGGAUACAGCGCCGAAGAAAAGUUACUGAUCUUCUUGAACGAGUUAUGAAAGAUAUUGCUUUAUAUGAGGAAUUUGACACUUUGUCAGAUAUAUCAUAUAAAUCAACGACAUCAACAACCGCUUCAAAUAUACCAAUGUCACCACGGAUAUCAAAAUCUUAUUAUGAUUCUAAUGUUUCAAAACUUCGUACUAUGUCGUCAGCAUCGCUUGCUUCAGCUAAAUCAAAAGCUUCAUCACAUUUUUCACGUUCAUCAUCACCUUCUAUGUUGUUUAAUGAAGAUGCUGCAUUUUCAACACCACCGGAACCAUGGGAUGCAUUUAGAUGGAAGCCUAUGGAUAAAAUUUCUGAUCACUUAUAUUCUCAAAAUGUUAGUCAAAGUGCUGGAUUACCAACUGUAUUGGCUGUUAGUGGAGUGAUUGCGAUAGGUACGACUCGUGGUUUAGUAUUGGUCUAUGAGAAUCCGCAAGAGAUUUUAAAAUGUAUACUUGGAUCUACUUCUAACGCUAUUGAAUACGGUGCUGUCACAUCUCUUGCAAUUUCCUCUGACCAUAGUCAAAUAUUAAGUGGCCAUUCACAAGGAUAUAUUUUAAUAUGGGAUAUUAAUAAACCAAUUAGUCCAAUACGUACCAUCUUGCCUAUUUCUUCAGGUGCUGUAGCUGGUGGGAAAAAGGAAGGUCAUAUUCAUGGUUCAGCUAUCUUACAUGUUGGCUUUGUUGGCGUUCGCAAAAAUGGAAUUGUUUCUGGAGAUAAUCAUGGGUUGGCAUUCUUUCAUAACCUAUAUAAAGUCAUGUUGUUUAAUGCAACUGAAACAACACGUAUAAUUGGGCGAUAUCCAAUAUCAUCAUCACAUAAUGAAUUUCAUGUCGGUUCUAAAAUAAAAAGACCAAGUACUAUUUUUGGAUUAGCGCCACUGCCUUUUGGCCAAUUACCUCAUGGUUCUGAAGGGUUCGGAUUAGUUGCUAUUUUAACACCCUAUAAGGUCUACUUAAAACCAAAAAAUAUCUCUACAGAUUCUUCUACAGCAUCAAAGUCAAUAUCAGGUUGUCUUGCAUGGUAUCCUGCUGUAAAAUUUCAACUUAACACAGUCAUUCAACCCGAACAUCCAAAAAGUAAAAGAAAGCCUGAUUUUGUUUUGGAAUUUAUUAAAGUUGGACAAUGGAAAGCUAGAAAUAAAGACAUAGUUGUUUUUGAUCCUAGAUAUAUGCAAGAAAGUGAACAAAACAAUAUUCGUCAUCGUUCAUUAGUGUAUCAUAACCAUUUCUCUUCACUUUUAAUUGAUAGGUCAGAUGAUUCUAUUAAAAACACAGUAGAUUUGGCUUAUUAUCAUAGUUUACGUAUAUACAAGAGUCAUGGCGUACGAAAUCUUUAUGUUGGAUCACUUUUAUCAUGGGCAGAUCGUAUACUUGCAUUUGUACAAUCUGGUGAUUAUCUUGAGGCGAUAGCUUUGGCCACAUCAUAUUAUAAUGGUACUACUUCGCAGACAAUUCUUGGAUUACCAGAUAAUGAGGAAAUUCGUCACAUGAUUGUUGGAGGGAAGCUUAUGGAACUUUUAAACGCUUCUAUAAAUUAUGCAUUUUCUAGUGAACGAACAUUUGCGGGGAUGGCUGACGAACAUAAUGUACUAUUCCAUGAUCUUGCAGUAGCAUGUAUUCAGGCAUGUCUUAGUAUGCAUAAAGAGGAAUUUCUUUUUAAUGACAUUUAUGAACGAUAUUCAAAUGCUUCUGCCAAAGGAACAUUGCUUGAGGUUUUGGAACCAUACAUUCUUGAUGAUAAAAUGGAAGAGCUACCACCAGAAAUCAUGAAGGAUCUUGUUACACAUUAUCGAGAUUGUAGACUGCUUACACGUAUAGAACAAUGUAUAUGGCAUAUUAAUCCAAAAUAUUUAGAUAUUGAUCAAGUUGUUCAAUUAUGUAAAAACGAAAAACUUUAUGAUGCAUUGAUAUAUGUUUGGAAUCGAUCAAUGGAUGAUUACGUGAAUCCAGCUGUAGAACUUCUUGGACUAAUCAAAAAAGUAUUAAGUUUAGAGAAACGGAAAAAGAAAGAACACCGAUUCAACGGAAUAACAGAUCAUGUUGAUUCAAUGGAAGAGGAUGAUUUAGAAGUUUUGAAGGCUGAUGCUCGUAAAUUUUAUACUUAUAUGGAAAAUAUACUUACCGGCCAUACUUAUCCUAAUGGAGCUCCACUUAAUGAAAAAGAUGCAAAUGAAGCUCGAACAAAUUUAUAUUCAUUUAUAUUCUCAGGACGUUGUAUAAUUUGGCCCAAGAAUGGGGGUGAAUUGAUUUUGACUGCGGAAGACGAAGCUGAAGGAAGAGAACCAAUAUACCCAUAUCUUAGAUUAUUUUUAAGAUUUAAUACAAAGGCAUUUUUACAAGCUUUAGAAAUUGCAUUUGAAGAUUCAUAUUUGAAUGGAACAAUUAUUAAUAAACAUUCUAAUAGAAAAUUUUCUCAAUCAGAUAUUUCACAAUUAUAUUGUUUUGUUGCUAAAAAUUUACCAAAAUACCCACAAUUCCUUUUACUUCCUCGAAAUGCAAUGCAAAAAAUACUUGCCGCACUUAGUCUUGACACUGAUCCACAUACUCGUGAAGAAAGACAACUUUCAGUCGAAUGUUUAUUAUCUAUUUACACUCCACAGGACGAAGAUCAAAUGGUUAGGUUGUAUGAAAGUGCGGGAUUUUGGAGAGUAUUAGAGAAUGUUUACAAAGCCGAACAGAAAUAUGGAUUACUAUUAUCAACAUAUCUUAAAGAUCCCGAAAGAAGAAAUGAAGUAUUUGAUUGUAUUCGGGAAUUGUUAAAUCCUAAGAGCCAUAUCACAGAAACACAAAGACAAGAAGUAUCACAGAUAAUUAUGGAAAAAAUUGAAGAAAUUGUUGAUAUAGAUGGAGGAUUAACUGCAUUUAUCGUACAAGCAUUUUUCAGCGGUGAUCAUAAAACCAUUAUUUCAAAUUUAUCAUCAUCACCGGCACGAUUAUUUACAUAUCUUCGAGUGCUUUUGGAACCAUCCGAAGACGUGAGUAAAAAUAAUGAAAUUAAAUUUGUAAAAACAGUUGAAGAGCAACUUAUCUGGUUGGAAACUUCAAACUCGAUAUCAGAACCCGAAAUCCACGAAAAAUAUAUUACAUUGAUGUGUAAAUUUGAUCCUACGGGAGUUUAUCAUUACUUGAAAACACAUCAAGGUGCCUAUCGCUUAGAGAAAAUAUUGCCUGCUUGUAUUUCGGCUGGUAUAGUUGAUUCAGUUGUUUGGAUAAUGGAACAAAGUGGUAACGCAGUUGGGGCACUUGAUAAGAUUCUAGAGAUUCUUUUGGAUACUUUUUUGGAUGCAACAAAGGCCAUUACAUCCAGCGUGACACCACAAAGACCACCUAGAUUAUCAGAAAAAUUACUAAGCAAUAACACAUAUGAAGCACCGAAAUCACCUAUACCAACUCACAUCGCAGAUCUUCUUAUAACAACAUUCAAGUCAUAUGUACAAUCUAUAUUGAGGUCAUUAUUGUUAUCGACAUCUUCACCUUAUGUAUCGUUACCAAGGUUACUACUUAAAUUCAUACGAUCACAAUCCAGAAGAAAUAGCACAGUGGCAGAUUUUCGAGAUAUAUUUAUAGGAAUGAUUGAUACGUACAAGUAUGAAAGCCAAUUGCUGACCCUUACCAAUCGAUUAUUUGAAAAGGAUUUGUUUAUGGGAGUGGCGAGUGUAGUAAAGCAACGUGGUAAAGGCUGGCGUCCUCGUAGAGGAACUUGUGAAGUGUGCGGAGGGCAUUUCUGGGGAACGGACAUAAGUUUAUUAAAUCAUCAAACAAAAACCACAGUUAACCCAAAGAAAGAGCAGUCGAAAACAUCGACAAUAUAUGAUUCUGACGAAAUAAUAGGAAUCGAAGUACUGCAAGGUAUUUCUGAUCAAGUUUUGACAGAAGAAGAAAUUAAUAGAUAUUUACAAAUUUUGACAGAAGAAAAAAUUAAUACACCUUUACAAAUGCAAACACAGCCACAAACACAGUCAUCACCACCAGAGGCUGCAUUAUCAGAGAUUGCGUGUCUUAAUAGCGAGUCUGAGAGAAGAAAUUCAAGUGUAUCAUUUGAAAUAAAAAAUCAAUCAACAGAAAAUUCGUCGUUUAAACCAUUUAAAGGAAAGAAUCGUUUGGUAAGCUAG